GCCGGGGCUCCGGCCGCACCGGCACCGGGCUCCCCGCGGCAGCAGCGGGGCUGGGCUGCGCCGGGCUCGGCAGCUCCGGGCUGGGGAAGGGGCGGGAGCGGCGGCGGGGGCAGCCCGGGAGCCCCGGCGGGCGGAGGGAGCGGCUGCGGCAGCGCCGGAGCCCCGAGCCCGCAGCAUCCUCCCUGACUCAAGAUGACGACGGCCACGCCACUGACCAAUAACACUCAGCUCUCAGUGAAUGUGACCACAAAGUCUCAAGAACAAAGUCUCUAUCAAAGUUCUGGAGCAAUAAUUGCUGCCAUCGUGGUGGGGGUGAUUAUUAUUUUCACAGUGGUUCUGCUCAUCCUGAAAACAUACAACAGGCGCAUGAGAGUGCGGCGGGAGCUGGAACCCAAAUCCUCCAAGCUGGCAGUGCCACCUCCUGUGGGGCACAACAGCCACAGCCUGGCCCAGCAGCCCUCGGUGACCUUCAUCCCUGUGGACAUCCACCUGCAGAGCAGGUAACCAGGAGCGCUCGCCCUUCCUGCCAGAGAAGAGAUGGAAUUGUUAUCCCAUGGACCUGGGGCUCCUCAGCAGAGCUGCACUGGGAACAGCAACCAGCUGUUAUUCCCCCUGUAAAAUGAUAAAAAUCCUGGUUUCUUUCUUUGGGAGAAAAAACAGAGGUCUGGACACUUUUCUUAUGACUGAAAUAACAAGUGGAAGUCCAGGAAUCAUCAGGAUGGCAGCGAGGUCUCUUCUGGGUCUGGAUAAACCAAGAAGAGAUGCCCAGGUGUUGUGGAACUUUUGCUUCCUCAGAGACUUUGAACCCUCUCUGUUCUGCCAAUAAACAGGAGGAAAAAUCUGGACAUGCAACAAGCUCAGGUUGGACCUGAGUUUGUUCUGAGUUACAUGGAAGAGGUUUGUGGUUUAUUUUAUAUUUGAUGGGUAGUACAGGAGGUAUUAAAAUUGUAUUUAUCUUUACUCAUAUUUCAUGUUUCUAAUGCCACAUGUGUACAGGUUGAGGAAAAAAAUGUUACUCCUUGUUUUCAAGUAUUUUUAAACUAUUUCUAUAAACUCUGUAACUCUGUUUCCAAAAGAA